CUGCCCUUCAAGAUUCCUGUGCACGUCCCUGAGUUUCACGUAGUUGUUGUUUUAAAUUGUAGGGGAAUAUUUGAACGCGUCAUUCUGUGUUUUCUCUGAGGGACUUCCCAGUAUCACUGAAAGGGGUAGUGCUGCUGCUGCUCCUAACAGAGACUCAAACCGAAAGUGAAAACGUAGUGAAGGAGGAAAAUGGCGAGGAACAGUCGCGCCCAGCAGCUCUCCCUGUUUCUUCUUCUGGCCGGUGUCGGUCAUAUACUUUGUCAGCUUGUACACAUUGAGACUGGAAAAGACUACACUUUUAAUCCCGGCAUAACAACAGCUUUUGAGAGUGUUCUUUGGAAAUUCAAUAAUGAUAAAGUGGUUGAGUUUGAAGAUGGUAAAGUGAGAUGGUUUCAGUUUGAAGAUAAAGGACAUUUUGAUGAAAAAACUGGAGUCCUCACGCUUAAUGGGUUGAGUAAAAAACAGAGUGGUAGUUAUGAGUCUGAAAUCCUGGUGAGUGGAAACCUUCAGACUAAGAAGUAUGAAAUUAAAGUGAUUGAUGCUGUUUCAAAGCCAAAAGUGAAUUGCACUAAAGACGAUGAAGGAACAGUAACAUCACUUGAGUGUUUCCUGGAACCAGAAGUUAAUGGAGCUGAAUUUACUUGGGGUGGGCCAGGUGACAAAAAAACCCCUGGGAAAACAUUUCAAAUCACAGAAGAAAUGAGGAAAGAUCAUAAUGCUCUCUUUUUCUGCACUGCCACAAAUCAGUUGGGUGAGAAGGACACAGAGUUCUAUUUGAGGGAUUGUGUCCCAGAAGAUGGGAAUAACACUCGAGCCAUUGUUGGAGGUGUUAUAGGCACACUCCUCUUACUUGUCAUUGUCAUUGCCAUUGGUGUUGUUGCUGUAUAUUUCUGGAGAAAACGAACUGGAGCAAUUCACACUGCUGCAUAUCAAAAAGACAAAGAGGUUACGACUGUUUAUGCAGACGUUAAUGUGCCAGAGAACACAUCCAACUCAAAUAAUUGCACUAAAGAUGAUGGGAACGAUCUGGAAAGUUUCAAUAACAUUGGACAUGGCAACACUGAAAAAGUAAAUGCAGAACAGGAGGAUCUGGAUGAUUCAGGGAGGGAAAAAACAGAUCUUCCUAACACUGUCAUUAACAUUGAUGAAAGAGCUGAAGAGGAUCAAGCGAUGCCUGAAAGUGCUGAAAAGGGACAAGGUGAUGCACCCACUCCUCAGGAGAUACCGAAUGAAGUCAAGAAUAGCAAGGAUAAAAGUAAUGGAGAUGCAGAUCCUCCACGUGAUGAGGAGCCUGAACCUGUCAUCGGCAAUGACACAAGCAAUGAAGAAAGUGCUGAAGGUCAAAUUCAAACUGAAGACACACCACUUCUUAGUUCAGAUGCAGAUCCCCCACAUGAUGAGGAGCCUGAACCUGUCAGUGGUACAAGCAAUGAAGAAAGUGCUGAAGGUCAAAUUCAAACUGAAGACACACCACUUAUAGUAGAUAGUCCAGAUGCAGAUCCCCCACAUGAUGAGGAGCCUGAACCUGUCAGUGGUACAAGCAAUGAAGAAAGUGCUGAAGGUCAAAUUCAAACUGAAGACACACCACUUAUAGUAGAUAGUCCAGCUGCAAGUGGAGUUGAGGGGACAAUAGCCCAGUUUGAAAACCUGGCAUGGAAACCAAAAGAAUUGACAACAAGGGAUGCUGGUCAGAAGAACAGUGCCACAUAAACUGAUAAAGUAACUUUGGAGCCCAAAAGAAAGAUGUUUACUUGAAAUCCAUAUACUGUUUGCCGGCUACUGAAAUGGCUGUUUGGCUUUCUCUUCUCACAACACACCUGAUUUAGACAAUUCAGACAUUCUUUCUUUUAAAAAAAACUUUUUAAAAUACUUUAAAAUAUAUAUUUUUUAUGCAUGUAUUGAUGAGAAAAUAGUUACCUUAAAACACUUUGCUAUAUUUUUAUAGGUCUCUGUUGCUUUUGUAGGCAUCAGUUUAUACUGCUGCUAGUCAAUCCAGCCUAAAAAUGGCAAUUUUCCUUUCUGACACCUUUUGUUAAAAUGCACAUGGGCAAGGACUGGCUCUUAACCUAGAAGUGAGAUUUUCUUCUACAGACAAGAACUGAGGACUAUAUCUUACUACAAAGCCAACAAGUAUUCUGCCAAGAGAAGAUAAUGUUAGGUUAUCUGAAGUUGUGUCUCCUUUCUGGACUUGCUAAUUCAAGGUCCAUAGACCUGCUCAACAUGGCUACAAUGGCACUGGCACACCAACUACCAGGCACGUCCCACAUUGCUGCAGUAGCAUUAGCACGCUUCAUGCUGGCCUCUUCCAAAAAUGAUACUUUGCCGUAAUCACACCGGCUACCAGCCUCAUCCAACACUGCUACUGUGGUGUCAGCACAGUGGCUGCUGGCCUCAUCCAACACCACAUAAUUUCUGUACAUUUAUUUAUAACAGUUGUGCAAGAAUGUUCGGUAACUGGCAACAAGAUAUGUAUAAUGUUGCUCAGUCAUAAUUCAAGUCCUUGUUUAAAGUUCAAAGGUCAUUCAAAGGACAUUCAGUCAUGGCCAUAGAAGUGCUAUUUGUGAUGCUGAUGUUUUUGUGUUCUGAAAACACAGAAAUUGAAACAAUUGUGGACCUGUUCCCAGUUCAUGUUCGCUGGUCCUGGGGCACUAAAAACUCAUGUUUGGUACUCUUUAUGUAAAUAUGUGGCUCUGAGGGCAAGCUUGAGUCCUGUACCAGACAGGGUAACAUGAAAUGCCACAUUUUAAACCAGUUUAUUUUUUCGAAAUAAGGAACAAAUAUUUUGGUCCAACUUCCCCACUGUCUAAGUGCCAUUGGCAGUCUGGCUAAACUAGGCUUGCCUGAUUUUUCUUGUUUUAAUUUUUGGAGUCCCUAGGCAGUUAAAAUGAGUCACUAGCAAGCUAAUUAAGAUCUGGGCUUAUUUUAAAGUGCUCAAACUCUGCUUUUACAUAGAGCAUUGUUGCCUGAUCCGACUUAAACUAUUGAACUUAAAAGUUUUACCUUUAACUUAAUGUAUUUUAAUGUUCAGUCCAUCUUUGUACAUAUUUAAAUGUUCACAAGAAAGUACAUUUUGCUUUGAUGUCAUGUGAUAUGGUUUGUGUUAAAUUAAAAGCUAAAUUGUCGAUGAAUUUAA